CAACACACUCGCUUUGUUUUUCUAGGACCAUCUCUCGUUUGCGACUGCAGAACGUGCAACGGCUCCAUCCAUCCAAAACGUCCCUUGGCCCGCUAUUCCAACGCUUGUCAGCGUCGAUCCGUCGAAUCAGAACCCCCAGACAGACCCUGAGGUGCCUUGGUUUGGGGUCUGCGCCUCCACGCAAUCUAGCUCCACGACCCGACGUACCUCGCGCGCUACGUGCCAGCGUACCCUUGGAAGAGCGCCUUGAAUAGAUCCAGCCACCGAGCUUCGGAAUUUUUCUUUCUCAUUCAACUUCUUCAACAUUCAACUUGCCAGAAAUUUCUGAGUAUUUUCGACAUCUCCAUCGACUUCAUCGACGCGCCGCGAGACGCCAAACUGCUUAGCGACGCCAUCUUGGCCCUGGCUCUGGUCCUACUCUGAAACCGCUUGUGGCAGCUGCCUCCUUUCUUUGCCGCCUAGCGGCUGACUUCUCGACUAUCUACGCAACUUGGUCUUCUUCAUCACCAUGGCCGCUCAGGAAUACUACAGUUCAGGCGGCCGUCCACAGCCUCCCUACGGCGCCGAAUCGAACUCAUCACCUUACUACCAAUCCCACGAUACUCCUUCACCUGGGUCGACACCAGCACCGCCGUACCAGGCCGCGUACUCGGCACCGCCCGAUACUUCAAUUUACCCUGCCGAAACUGCAGGUCACGUCCCGACCUCGAAACCGGCCCCUUACUCACCCAGCGAUAUAUCGUACACACCGGCAACCGCGUACGCUGCUCCUGGGCAAAGUUCGAGCUCACGACCUCAAGGUCAAGGUCAAACAGAACAGUCUCCAUUUGACACCGUCUUUGACGACAACGCCUAUCCGAUGAACACAAACUCGCGACCGACGCCUUCCUCUAGCACAGGCGACAUUGGCCAGCAUGGUUUUUAUCAGGACACGAGUUAUCACGGCGGACCCGACCAGACUCAGGGACAUGGACAAGGACAGGAGGCCAUCCCGCUCCAAGAUCGACCUGGAAAGGAUGUUGAUCCUGAGAUGAAUGACCACAUCUAUGAUGCCCCUGGACGGAGCAGAAAGGGCAAGAAGGGCAAGGUUCGCCUGGGCGAGUUGGGAAUGCUGGGCGCAAACAAUAAGAGAAUUCCUUGGGUCGUCUACAUCUUUUCUGUGGUCCAGAUCGCAGUCUUCAUCGCCUGCAUCGCCAGGAACGGUGUACUAACUGGGUCUCCCAUUGCGACCAAGCCCGAUUUCAACAUCUUCAUCGGUCCCUCAUAUCCAGUCCUCAUCAACAUGGGAGCUCGAUUUGCCCCCUGUAUGCACAACGUCAAGGGCAUCCAAGACCGAGACAUGAUCAAAACCUCGAGCGGCCUGUCGGACCCUGUUGUUUUCAUGUGCCCAAAUGCCACUAAGAAUGACACUCUCUGCUCUCUCAAGACAGUCUGCGGCUUUGGUGGAACUGUCCCGAACCCCAAGUUUAACGGUGACAUCGAUCAGAGCCCACAGCCAAACCAGUGGUUCCGAUUCAUUACCUCCAUCUUCCUCCACGCCGGUGUGGUUCAUAUUCUCUUCAACCUCCUGGUACAGCUCACCAUCGGAAAGGACAUGGAGAGGGCUAUUGGACCUGUUCGAUUCUUGCUGGUCUACAUCAGUGCUGGAAUCUUUGGCAAUAUCAUGGGAGGAAACUACGCACCACCCGGCUACGCGUCUAUGGGUGCUUCCGGCGCCAUCUUUGGCAUCAUUGCCUUGACCCUUCUCGAUCUUCUUUACUCUUGGAAGGAUAGGAAGAGCCCGGUCAAGGAUCUCCUUUUCAUCUUCCUCGAUAUGGCGAUCGCUUUUGUUUUGGGACUCUUGCCCGGUCUGGACAACUUUGCUCAUAUUGGUGGUUUCUUGAUGGGCCUCUCCCUCGGCGUCUGUGUUCUCCAUUCUCCCAACUCACUGCGAAGACGGAUAGGCCAGGAUCUUUCCUACUCAGCAGUGUCACCCAGCACUGGCGAGACGCCAGCCCCCUUCUUUAAGAAUCCCGUCGGUUUUUUCAAGGGACGAAAGCCUCUUUGGUGGGCUUGGUGGUUGAUUCGUGCUGGAUUUCUGGUCAUGAUCAUCGUCGUUUUCAUCGUUCUCCUCAACCGAUUUUACACCAGCCACGAGGUUUGCAAGUGGUGCAAGCACAUUAACUGUCUGCCCGUGAAGGACUGGUGUGAGUUGGGAAACUACGAUGACCCGAAAUAAGCUGUUAGAGCGUUGGAUAUGCAACAUGGCAUUCUCAGCACCCAUUCCUUUGCUAUUUGGAUGCGGUUUAUAGAAAGUUUUGGAAAAGGGCGUGCUGGCUGAGCUAUCAACAAGGGAAUGAAUAUCACGCAUUGCACAGCACCGGCGUUGUCAUUGCAGUUUACUUUUGAGAGAGCUGUUAGAAUAUCAGACGAGGCCAGGUCUUCUUUUCGAGUUUGUUUUACGAAGUCAUGAUUCGUACAGUUCAGGGGAUGCAACCAGUCACAUUUGAUCGGUGGUUUUCGGGACGGUGUUUGGGGUCAAGCUGCCAUCGUCCAGUCGACCUGCAGUGGACGGGAAGAAGGAUCAGGUACUUUCUCAGCCCGCUCGGGUCUCGACAUGGAUAUGGGACAUGGGUUGGGGAUUUCAUUACAUGAGAAUGCAGCUCUUGGCCCUCGCUGGGCUCAACAAACACGACGCAGAGGUCAUGCGAUACCCCGCAGGCUGUUGGCUGUAUGACUAAAGAGUCACUCUACAUUAAUAUCUAGUUACUUGGCGGUAGUAUAAAUGGCGUUUCUUGCCUCCU